AGUGACUGACCCCAAAUAGAAGAGUGGCUCUUGUGGAAGCAGCGUGCCUGGCUGAGAACAAUGGACAUAAAGGACAGGAGGCACCGCUCGCUGACGCGGGGCCGCUGUGGGAAGCAGUGCCGCUACACGAGCUCCUCGCUGGACAGUGAGGACUGCAGGGUGCCCACACAGAAGUCCUACAGCUCCAGUGAGACACUGAAGGCGUAUGAUCACGACACCAGGAUGCACUAUGGGAAUCGAGUGUCUGACCUGGUGCACAGGGAGUCGGAUGAGUUUCCCAGACAAGGAACAAACUUCACCCUCGCAGAGCUGGGGAUCUGCGAGCCCUCUCCCCACCGGAGCGGGUACUGCUCGGACAUAGGGAUUCUGCACCAGGGCUAUUCCCUGAGCACGGGCUCGGACGCCGACUCGGACACGGAGGGAGGGAUGUCCCCGGAGCACGCCAUCAGGCUCUGGGGCAGAGGCAUCAAAUCCAGGAGAAGUUCUGGCCUGUCGAGCCGCGAGAACUCGGCUCUCACGCUCACCGACUCCGACAACGAGAAUAAGUCAGAUGAGGAAAAUGGUAGGCCUUUUCCUUCAGUAUAUUCCUAACCUACACGUGUGAGAGCGUGGGCAUACUUAAAAAUGCACCAGUCUGCUUUCAAAGGUGAAGUUUGCACUUUCUCAGUUUGAUUAAAGCUGGUUUUUAGCGUGUUUUGGGUUUUUUUAGCAUCACUAUCAGGA